AUGCCAAGCAAGCGAAGACCGGAUUUUCUGACAAGUGUGUGCUUGCGGGUGCAGGCGAUUAAUAAGCAUGAGCUCACCAACCAGCGGCCCUCGGAACCGGCUGAUUCAGUGAGUUCCGUGAGCUGGCGGAUGGUAGUUCGUGACCGCGAUCAGGCACGGGUCGGUAAAGUUAAGGUUCACGGCCUUCGGUCUCUAUUACCCCGUGUUUCUCUCACUUCUUAUACCCCACAAUCAGCGCACUGCACUGCCGACAGCAUGAACAGCAGCCAAGUCUCCGCUUCCGCGCUCAGCACACUACCUCCUGUUGUGUCUGAAGAGCUGCAAUCGCUCUCACGCAGUGGGGAGCUUGCAAAUGUUAUGGAUCAACUUGACGAGGACGAGGAGUUCCUUGCCGACGUCGACUGGCCAGCAAGUCCACCACCGCCGCAAGGACCUCUUGUAACUAGUGCAUCAGCGUCAACUCUUGUAUCUAGUUCACAAGCACCUCAAGCAAUACCAAACUGUUCGUUGUCACGCUCUGCUUCACCGUCUGGGUCUCAGGGUUCGACGCUCGCAGGCAAUCCUCAGUGGGAUCCUGUUUCGAUGGAAAUCCUUGCCAAGGCUGUGCUCAACCGCAAUCCAAACCAUGCUCCCAACAACAGUGCAAAGGCAUCUGUGUGGGAGCCGAUCUAUCAAGAGUACAAGGCAGCAUGUCGACGAAAACUUCUUCCUUUUCGUGAACUGUCUGCCACAAAGAAGAAAUGGCGUGACAUGGUAAAGAAGCGCCGAGGAGGAGAUCAACUGAAUGCUCGCUCCACUGGUGGUGUUGAAGCAACGUCAGUGACAGAGAAGCUUAUUGACGACUUCAUUGCCACAGAAGGCGUCAAUACAGCUGCAGCCAGUCGAUCUCUCCCAAGCACGCCAACACCAAGACGCCGACGCGGUUUUGUGGAACUACCGGUUGAUCGCGAUCGACAGCAGUUUGCUGAGAUUGCUAGCAACACAGGUGGUGGAGACCCAGCAGCAAGGCCUUUGACAGCGCCAAGUGAAAGGGCUAGCCAGGAAGACUCGGCGACUUCUGAGUCAGGGGAUGAUAGGGUUGACAUGCAGGCACGAAAGCGACCCAGGAACACCACAGCCGACGUGCUGUCUUCGAUUGCUGAAGGCAUGGAAAUACACCGACAGCAUGAACGUUCUUUCCGGGAUAGACAGCUUCGAUUCAUGGAAGAAUCACUCAAGGCUCAAAUGGAGCUGUCGAAGGCACAGUUGAACAUCGAAACACGUGGACAAACAGAGAUUCAAACGAAGAUGGAAUCGUUGGACAAUCGAAUGCGAGCAAGCCAGGAACAGACCGACAGGUUGGAGUCAAUGGUAUCAACAAUGAUGAGCAUGAUACGAUCAAACGCCGCUGCAGGGCCCUCAUGUGGCCAGAGACAUCGCCGCAGCUGUAGAUCCCACUCCUCAUCUCGUACAGGUGUAUAUAAUGGUUUCGAACCCUCAUCAGAACAGUGA